CAUGUCUCCCUUUCUCCGGAUCGGGCUGUCAAACUAUGACAGUGGGCCCUACCUGCCUUCCCAAGGGGACGUGAUUGAUCCGUACUGCGCUGUGAUGGUCAAAGAAGCAGUGGAAGCUGAGAAUGGCCAAGGGUACCUCCAGAAGAAGCCCACCAUGUACCCCCCUUGGAACAGCACUUUUGACGCGCACAUCCACAAGGGGCGGGUCAUGCACAUCAUCGUGAAGGACAAGAACGCCGAGAUGGUCUCCGAAACGACGGUUGAACUCAACGUGGUGGCAGACAAGUGUAAAAAGAAUAACGGGAAAACAGAAAUCUGGCUAGAACUGAAGCCCCAAGGCAGAAUGCUAAUGAAUGCAAGAUACUUCCUGGAAACCAGUGAUGCCCACAAAUUCAUUGACUGCGAAAAGGAAGGGUUUUUCUCUCUGCAUCAACGCCGAGGGGCUAUCAAGCAAGCCAAGAUCCACAACGUCAAAUGUCACGAGUUCACUGCCACCUUCUUCCCGCAACCCACGUUCUGCUCCGUCUGUCACGAGUUUGUCUGGGGUCUUAACAAGCAAGGCUACCAAUGCAGACAAUGCAAUGCUGCCAUUCACAAGAAGUGCAUCGAUAAAGUGAUUGCGAAGUGUACCGGAUCGGCGAUCAACAGUAGAGAGACCAUAUUCCACAAGGAAAGGUUUAAAAUUGACAUGCCUCACCGCUUUAAAGUGUACAACUACAAAAGUCCGACCUUCUGCGACCACUGCGGCACGCUGCUCUGGGGCCUCGCGAGGCAGGGCUUAAAAUGCGAUGCCUGUGCCAUGAAUGUCCACCACAAAUGCCAAACCAAAGUGGCAAACCUAUGUGGCAUCAAUCAGAAGCUCAUGGCCGAAGCGUUGGCACUGAUCGAGAGCACACAGCAGGCUCGAAGUUUGCGUGAUCCGGAGCAGAUUAUGCGAGAAGGACCGCUUGAAAUUCUCUCCCCUGACCGAGACGCAUCUUCCACCCCUUCUGUGCCAGGCCCCCCAGUGGGGAAAAAAGAGCCUCAAGGUAUCUCCUGGGAAUCUCCAGCGGAAGACAUAACAGGCUCUGAUUCUCCCGUGGUGCCGGAGCCGAGGAUAGAUCUCCGACCUGAUCUGCCAAAAUUAACCAUAGAUGAUUUUGUCUUGCACAAAAUGUUGGGGAAAGGAAGUUUUGGCAAGGUCUUUCUUGCUGAGCUGAAAUCCACCAGCCAGUUUUUCGCCUUGAAAGCUCUGAAGAAGGACGUGGUGCUCAUGGACGACGACGUCGAAUGCACCAUGGUGGAAAAGCGAGUCCUCUCCCUUGCGUGGGAACACCCUUUCCUCACACACGUCUAUUGCACAUUCCAAACCAAGGAAAACCUCUUUUUUGUAAUGGAAUAUCUCAACGGGGGAGAUCUGAUGUUUCACAUUCAAAUCUGCCACAAGUUUGACAUGGGCAGAGCAAGGUUCUACGCUGCUGAAAUUAUUUGCGGCUUGCAAUUCCUUCAUUCCAAAGGAAUCAUAUACAGAGAUCUGAAGCUUGAUAAUGUUCUCUUAGACAAGGAAGGCCACAUCAAGAUCGCUGACUUCGGGAUGUGUAAGGAAAACAUGUUCGGAGACGACAAGACGAGCACCUUUUGUGGGACGCCCGACUACAUUGCACCAGAGAUUCUCCUGGGACAGAAAUACAACAUGUCUGUUGACUGGUGGUCCUUUGGCGUCCUCUUAUAUGAAAUGCUGAUUGGCCAGUCUCCAUUCCACGGCCAGGACGAAGAGGAACUCUUUCAGUCGAUCCGCAUGGAUAGUCCCUUCUACCCUCGCUGGCUCGACACAAAUGCGAGAGACCUUUUAGUGAAGCUUUUUGUACGAGAACCGGAGAGGAGGCUGGGCACCAAAGGCAACAUCCGUCAGCACGCCUUUUUCCAGGAAAUCGACUGGGUAGCUGUGGAAGGAAGAGCGGUCGAACCCCCUUUCAAGCCCAGAGUGAAAUCGCCCGGCGAUUGCAGCAACUUUGACAAGGAAUUUCUGAACGAGAAACCCCGGCUAUCGUACGGAGACCAAGCUCUCCUUAACAGCAUGGACCAGAACUUGUUCAGAAACUUUUCAUUUACCAGCCCCAUCAUGGAUAAGUUGCUGUCCUGA